AUGAAAGAUACCCACAAGCCUCGCUCCCGGACCUCCCCGGCCGCCACAUUCUCUUCAUCGUCGGCAUUAUCUCCCCCCUCCGGUGGGGCAAAUAAGAGACCCCGUAAGGAAGGCCGACACUCGACCUACCACGGGGUGCGCAUGCGAAAUUGGGGGAGGUGGGUUUCCGAGAUUAGGGAGCCACGGAAGAAGUCCCGCAUCUGGCUUGGUACCUUCGGCUCCGCAGAGAAGGCAGCACGCGCGCACGAUGUAGCGGCACUCGCCAUCAAGGGUCCCGCCGCGCACCUCAACUUCCCGGAUCUCGUGCACCUGCUUCCACGCGCAGCUAGCGCUGAGCCAAAGGAUGUCCAGGCCGCCGCAGCACUUGCCGCCGCCAUGGACUUCCCAGGUGAUACCAACGGCAAGAACCCCGACAACACCUCCGACACCCUAGCCGUGUUGCCACAGCCACCACCGCCACAUGACGAGACAGGCCUAGAAGGUAUGUUGCUCGACCUUCCAAACCUGAUCUUGGACAUGAGGUUCGAUUCUCCUUCAGAUAUACCAUGCGACUCGUCGUGGGUCGCGGAUGACAACAUAUAUGUCGAUGACGCGUUCAACCUCGAGGAUCUGAUGCUGUGGGAUUAA